AUGGUACGGAGAUAUAGCUAUCCUCCACCGGUUCGGGGGAAUGAAAUUGUCAGCAGAUUAGCGUUUGUCACAUCCGCCGUCCGCCUUCUGAUGAUAUCUGACAGUACAAUCGCUCCGGAGAAGGCAUCCAAAAGCCGGCGCCGUAACAGUAAGCAAAAGCAGCCGUGCCCUCGCCGUCCGUCCGGCGGCGCAGCAAAGAGAAACGGCGGACUUCCAGAGACCAAGGUUCAAGAAAAAGUCGGGGGACCGCGAGGUCUUCGGCAGGUUUUUGGCCCCCAACCCCACCAAAAUUCCAGAGAAGAUAUCCGCCUUCUGUGUCACCGUGCCAUGGUUUACAAGUUCAUCCCCGCCCGUUGCGGACUUGAGGCGGGCCAAGACGCGGACAAUGGACGAAGAGCGAAAACGGGCGAGCAGCAGGGAUGCCGCUUCUCGGGGCCCGGGACAACGCCAUAUGCCCGCUCAUCUGCCCGUUCGAACCAGAGAGCGCAGAGGUGCAUUGGCGGGACUGCGCGUGCGUGGUGUCGCUUCUGA